AGGUCGCGGCGGAGGAGAUCUGCAGUCUGCGGAUCCAACCGGUCCCCGCCGGGAAAAGGAACCGCAGUGACCUAUGAUGAUCUACAUAUCAACUUCACUCAGGAAGAGUGGGAUUUGCUAGAUCCUUCCCAGAAGAAUCUCUACAAAGAUGUGAUGCUGGAGACCUUCAGGAACCUCACUACUAUAGGGUACAUUUUGGAGGACUGUAACACUGAAGAACAUAGUCAAUGUUCUAGAAGACCUGCAAGAAAUGAAAAAACACAUACUGGAGAAAAAUGCUGUGAAAUGAAGCAAUGUGGUAAAGCCUUUGCUUAUCACAGUCAUCUUCAAAUGCAUGAAAGAACACACACUGGAGAGAAACCCUAUGAAUAUAGUCUAGAUUGUAGUAAGGCCUUUGCACAUCACUGUGAACUUCAAUUGCAUAAAAGAACACAUUCUGGAGAGAAACCUUAUGAAUGCAAUCAGUGUGGUAAGGCCUUUGCUCAACGUGGUAAUCUUCAAACACAUAAAAGAACACAUACUGGAGAGAAACCCUAUGAAUGUAAUCAGUGUGGUAAGGCCUUUGCUUACAACUGUGCUCUUCAAAAUCAUAAAAGAACACAUACUGGAGAGAAACCCUAUGAAUGUCAUCAAUGUGGUAAGUAUUUUGCACGUCAGGAUCAUCUUCAGUUGCAUAAAAGAACACAUACUGGAGAGAAACCUUAUGAAUGUAAUCAGUGUGGUAAGGCCUUUUCUCAACACAGUACUCUUCAAACCCAUAAAAGAACACAUACUGGAGAGAAACCCUAUGAAUGUAAUCAGUGUGGUAAGACCUUUGCUCAACACAGUAAUCUUCAAAUGCAUAAAAGAACACAUACUGAAAAGAAACCCUAUGAAUGUAAUCAGUGUGGUAAGACCUUUGCUCAACACAGUCACCUUCAAACACAUAAAAGAGGACAUACUGGAGAGAAACCCUAUGAAUGUGAUGAAUGUGAUAAAGUCUUUGCUCAGAACUGUGCUCUUCAAUUGCAUAAAAGAACACAUACUGGAGAGAAACCCUAUGAAUGA